GCAGCCCAGGCCGCUGAGGGAGCGGCGGGGCCGGCGCCAUGGCCGAGCGGGGCCGCCCGGGCCUGGCCGGGGCGCCCGCCGCGCUCAACACGCCGGUGCCCAUGAACCUGUUUGCCACCUGGGAGGUGGACGGCUCCAGCCCCAGCUGCGUGCCCAGGUUGUGCAGCCUGACCUUGAAGAAGCUGGUGGUCUUCAGGGAGCUGGAGAAGGAGCUCAUCUCGGUGCUGAUUGCUGUCAAGAUGCAGGGCUCCAAGCGGAUCCUGCGGUCCCACGAGAUCGUGCUGCCCCCCAGUGGACAAGUGGAAACCGACCUGGCGCUGACCUUCUCCCUGCAGUACCCCCACUUCUUGAAAAGAGAAGGCAACAAGCUGCAGAUCAUGCUGCAGCGAAGAAAGCGGUACAAGAACCGGACGAUCCUGGGCUACAAGACGCUGGCGGCCGGCUCCAUCAACAUGGCCGAGGUGAUGCAGCACCCGUCCGAGGGUGGCCAGGUGCUCAGCCUCUGCAGCAACAUCAAGGAGGCCCCGGUCAAGGUGGCCGAGAUCUGGAUCUUCUCCCUGUCCAGCCAGCCCAUCGACCACGAGGACAGCACCAUGCAGGCCGGCCCCAAGGCCAAGUCCACUGAUAACUACUCCGAGGAGGAGUACGAGAGCUUCUCCUCCGAGCAGGAGGCCAGUGACGACGCCGUGCAAGGGCAGGAUUUGGACGAGGACGACUUUGAGGUGGGGAAGCCCAAGAAGCAGCGGCGAUCGAUAGUAAGAACGACGUCCAUGACCAGGCAACAAAACUUCAAGCAGAAAGUGGUGGCCCUGCUGCGGAGAUUUAAAGUUUCCGACGAGGUGCUGGACUCGGAGCAGGACCCCGCCGAGCACGUCCCCGAGGUGGAGGAGGACCUGGACCUCCUGUACGACACGCUGGACAUGGAGAACCCCAGCGACAGCGGCCCCGACAUGGAGGACGAUGACAGCGUCCUCAGCACCCCCAAGCCAAAGCUCAGGCCCUACUUCGAAGGCCUGUCCCACUCCAGCUCGCAGACGGAGAUCGGAAGCAUCCACAGUGGCCGCAGCCAGAAGGAGCCGCCGAGCCCAGCCGACGUGCCCGAGAAGACGCGGGCCCUUGGAGGCAAGCAGCCCAGUGACAGCGUCUCCGAUUCAGGAGCCCACAGCACCCCUGCCCCUGGGGAGCAGCCAGCACAGCCCCAGGACAGCCCAGAGGUGGAAACCUCCGUCCUGGACCUGUUCACUGAGAAGCUGCCACCCAGCGGGCGGAUCACCAAGACAGAGUCUCUGGUCAUCCCCUCCACCAGGUCCGAGGGGAAGCAGGCCGGCCGCCGCGGCCGGAGCACGUCCCUGAAGGAGCGGCAGCCGGUGCGUCCGCAGAACGAGCGGGCCAACAGCCUGGACAACGAGCGCUGCCCGGACACGAGGAGCCAGCUGCAGAUCCCCAGGAAGACGGUGUAUGACCAGUUAAACCACAUCCUCAUCUCCGACGACCAGCUCCCCGAAAACAUCAUCCUCGUCAACACCUCGGACUGGCAGGGGCAGUUCCUCUCAGACGUCCUGCAGCAGCACACGCUCCCCGUGGUGUGCACGUGCUCGGCGGCCGACGUGCAGGCGGCCUUCAGCACCAUCGUGUCGCGGAUACAGAGAUACUGCAACUGCAACUCGCAGCCCCCGACGCCCGUGAAGAUCGCCGUGGCGGGGGCGCAGCACUACCUCAGCGCCGUGCUGCGGCUCUUCGUGGAGCAGCUGUCCCACAAGACGCCCGACUGGCUGGGCUACAUGCGCUUCCUCGUCAUCCCGCUGGGCUCCCACCCCGUGGCCAGGUACCUGGGCUCCGUGGACUACAGGUACAACAACUUCUUCCAGGACCUGGCCUGGAGAGACCUGUUCAACAGGCUGGAGGCCCAGAGCGCCGUGCAGGACACGCCCGACAUCGUGUCGAGAAUCACGCAGUACAUCUCUGGGGCCAACUGCGCCCACCAGCUGCCCAUCGCGGAGGCCAUGCUGACCUACAAGCAGAAGAGGAGAAAGAACUUUCAUUUUGACUUUACCCUCAGCCCCGACGAAGAGUCCUCUCAGAAGUUCAUUCCCUUCGUAGGGGUGGUGAAGGUUGGGAUAGUGGAACCGUCUUCAGCCACGUCAGGUGACUCGGAUGACGCGGCCCCCGCGAGCGCCAGUGCACUCUCGUCCACCCCGCCGUCCACGUCUCCCGCCGCCAAGGAGGCCUCACCCACCCCGCCCUCCUCCCCGUCGGUGAGCGGGGGCCUGUCGUCCCCCAGCCAGGGCGUCGGCGCCGAGCUGAUGGGGCUGCAGGUGGAUUACUGGACGGCAGCCCAGCCCGCAGACAGGAAGAGAGAUGCAGAGAAGAAGGACCCGCUCACCACCAAAAACACACUCAAGUGCACCUUCCGGUCUCUCCAGGUCAGCAGGCUGCCCAGCAGCGGCGAGGCCGCGGCCACGCCCACCAUGUCCAUGACCGUGGUCACCAAGGAGAAGAACAAGAAGGUGAUGUUUUUGCCCAAGAAGACCAAGGACAAGGACGUGGAGUCCAAAAGCCAGUGCAUCGAGGGCAUCAGCCGUCUGAUCUGCACGGCCAAGCACCAGCAGAACAUGCUGCGGGUCCUCAUCGACGGCGUGGAGUGGAACGACGUGAAGUUCUUCCAGCUGGCGGCCCAGUGGUCCUCCCACGUCAGGCACUUCCCCAUCUGCAUCUUCGGACACUCCAAGCCUGCCUUCUAGCCCCGCCCGCCGGGGGGCCGCGCCAGCCCCCCACCCUGCAGCCCUGCGAUGGCCGAGCGCCGGGAGGGCCCAGCUGCUUUUCUGUGAACAUGUCAGUUUACUACAGAGACAGACCCCUGCAAACCCAGAGAGAAACAGUCUUAAGUAUGAACGUGCUCACAGCCUGGAAACGAACAGGGUGGCCCCCCGCCGGGAGCCCGGCACUGCUCUGCUUAUUAACCAGAACGUCCGGCAGGGGGCUGGGAGGUCAGGCGGACCGUGUGUGCUGGGCCUCAGGACGCCCCCCGCCCCAGCCCCCCAGCAAGAAGGGUUCUUGCCUUCACGUCCUGUCCUCUCUGAAAGCCAGGACUCUGCUUCCUCAGGGAGCCGGGGUCCGACAGGCGGCCCCGCGCACCCCAGGCUGCCUGUGGGCCAGGCACCGAGCUGGGUGGCCAGAGGCCAAAGGCCAGCCUUCUGUCGGGGGCGUCCUGGGCGGAACGCAGAGGCCAGUCAGCCCAGCCCUGGGCCCCAGCGCCACCCGUGGGUGGGUCGCAAUAAACCCCAGGUGCUGCGGGGGGGCAGUGGAGGUUUCAUAGUAGCGGAUAUUUUUAAUGCUUUUAAAUACAUGUUAUAAUGUAGCUGCCAAACAGACCUUGCUCUUCUGGAGUCCCAGCAGCCCCUUGGGGCUGAGGCAGAGCCAGCUGUGCUGCCCGGGGUCCCAGCCGCCCCAGCACCCGCCGCUCCCCCAGCUGUCCCUGAGGCACCGCUCCGCUGCUGCGAGUCGUCCCCGCCCCCAGCACAGUGGCCUCCACAGCUGCCGCCUCCGGCCCCACCCCGGCCCUGCUGGCUGGGAGGAGUCUGGGCCAGGCCACCAGGCCUUUGUCACCUGCAACACUAACGUGGCCAGUGAGUGCUCAGGAAAGGCGGCCAGACCGUAGCGGCCGAGCCCCGUCGGAGCUGUGGGUGUAGCUGGGGCCCUGCCUCUCCAGGCCAGGCUCCUCAGAGCGAGGGCUUUUGGGUUUCAGUCCCCAGUGAGGGGGGCACCCCUACCUCCCACCUUUCCAUGCAGGAGAGGGGUGCCCUGACUGAAGGCCUGGGUCCUCGCCAGUCCUGCUCCCCCACAACCCUGCACCCCAGGACUCCAGAGGAAGAGCCUGCCGGCUCCUGGCCUUUUGCAUCUGUGGCCAUAGGACCAUGGUGGCCCACCCGGGGGCCAUGAGCCUGGUCUCCUAGGGCUGAGAGCCACACAGGCUGUGCUCAGAAAAACAGUGCCCAGCGCCAGACAGGCUGCAGGCCUUUCCCCCUCUUCCGGAGGACAGGCCCCAACAACAGCCCAUUGCACAGAGAGGUCCCACUCGGGGGGUGGAAAAUGGCUUAUUUUUCUUACCUGUGACCUACCUGCUUACCUCCUCCUGCAGGCGGCUCUACAGGGUCUGCCUGUCCACUGCCGAGGGCCUGGCCUAGCUGGCAAACAGGAUUUGGGCGUGACCUUGGACCGGGGUCCUGCCCCUCCCUGGGAAGGACCUGGGUGAGGGUGCAGGCCACUGAGUGGAGGGCCCCUUGGGCAGCCUGUGCAGUGUCCACCUGUGUCUAUACUCAGAAGCAGCCUGGGGACCUUGAGUCUCCCUGCCCGCAUUCCCACCACUGGCCUCAGGGUCUUUGUUUCUGCUCCUCGAGUUCCUUUCCAAAGAUCACGCUCAACCGGAAGGAGGUGCGGGGGACACGCCUUUGACUUAGCUUUCCAGCUGCAGGGCUAGUUGUAGGGGAAGGGGCCAACAGGGCCUGUCCCAUCCAUCCCUGCUGUGAGCUGUCCUCACACCUCCCUGUGUCUUUGUACCCACAAGACGCCCAGCACCUCCACCCUGUGCCCCUGGGCCUGCAGAGCCCGGUUGCGGUCUGUCCAGUGCCACGGGGCCCACUGGCCACACUGUUCCUGGGCCCAGGAGGUCGUGCAGGUGGCCCUGGCCGCCGUAACUCACGUGGAGACCUGGGCUUCGCUCAUGCUGGUGCCUCGGGUUCCCCACUGGCUAAGUGGGGAUGGUCACGUUUCCCUGCCUACCUCACAGAGCUGUUCUGAGGAUACAUAUGAAAGCACUUUGUCCCUCUGAGAAGGUGACGCAGAAGCCAAAGCCACCUGUGACUGAGCCGCUGCAGCCGUGAGCACAUGGAGUGUGGUGUGGGGCGUGUGAACCUGGGCCCCAGACUGUGACCCACAGGACAGGCACAGGGGUUCUCAGCCCACUGUGUGAACAGCGGUCCCUGGGACUCAGAGGUUACGCCACCAGUCACCCUUGUGCAAGGCCAGGCUCCUCGUGGGCUGCUGGCACUGUGUAGGCAGGCUCCGCCCUCGCUAAGGCCAGGUGGAGGUGAGUGCCAGCCCUGCAUCCUGGCGGCUGCUUCCUCCCUCCUCAUGUCGGUCCUGGGGUCAGGCUCCUCAGGGCUCACAGACCAGUGCCGAGACAGUGUCAUGCUCGCGGCUCGGAGACGAGAGGGGCCCUGGGCCCAGAAAUGAAGGUCUCUGCAGCGGCGGGCAGAUCAGAGCGACCAGGGCCAGCACUGCUGCGCUGUCCUCACUCCCAGAUACGAAGACCUGACUGGCCCUUGUCCCAGAACAGGUUCCUCAUGACAAGACCGGGCCACUUGCUCCCAAAGGCCAGCUGCCUGACCCCUAAAAGCUGUUCCUCGGCCCCUCCCCAGACCCGUCCUGUCCUCCGGUGGAGAGGAACGGAAGUCCCCGGCAGGGCCCCGGUUCUGGCCCUCCAGGCCCGAGGGGCCACCGUGCGUUCCUGCAGACCUCCGUCCAGUUCUCUGUGCGUUGUUUGGUUUCUAGGAUGUACGUGUUGCUAGUUUUUUUUUUUUUUUUAAAUGGAAAACAGGAUUAAUGUAAAUAGCAUUUUUGGAAAACAGAUUCUAACCUGUCACGUAUGUGACCACGUGGACUAUUUUAAGGUGCUGAUGCGACACUAAUAAACCCGGGGCGCACUCCCAGGCCCGCCCUCGCCU